AGGCUGCGAUGUUCUGGCACACCAUCGCACUGCUGGAGCUUACACUGCACACAGCGUCCGGUGCCGAGUUCUACCAAGGUUCUGUGGUCUUCCGCUGUGAGGGCGAAACUGGGCCUGUGGAGGUCUCUGCUCCAGUGCGGUACAGCGUUCUGGAGGUUGCGGGGCAGCUGUUGGCACUCUGUUUGCUCAGUGGGUCUUUGUACCUGGGCUCGCGCGCGCAGUGGCUCACCUGCCUGGAGGUGGAGGCGGGUGCGCUACGCGAGACCUUGGACUCCAGCAGGAUCUGCCCCAGGAACCAGCAUCCCGUGCUGACUCGUGUUUAUGGCAAGCAGCUUAUGGACCUCCGUGUGGGAAAAGGCCAAGGUUCCUUGCCGCUGGACCGGCCAAAGAGCUGGCCGGAGGACUCGACUGUGGUGAUGGCAGCCUUCGGGCAAUACCGCGAAGCUCCCAGUCCGCAGGUGAGGCGGCGCCAGUACUUGCUGACCAUUGGAGGUUUGGGUAUCGUUCUUCUGCACGGUUCAUCCACCUCCUGCUGGGGCUGCAUCAACGAAGUGGUGCUGGGCAGCACUGGUGGGCUCUUCGACGUAGAAGCGCAGCUGCUACUGCUUGGCUCCUGCGGGCGGCACAAUGGGAGCGGCAUCCCCUGCCUGUUGGCGGGCUUCUGCCUCACGAUGCUCCUCUUCUGCCAGGCGGUGAUCCUGCUCUCAGGCGCGAGUGACAGCGCGCAGGAUGACGACCAGAUGGCCAUCACCCUGGUCGAUGCCAGGGAAUACCAGGAGAAUCUCAUCUAUGGGCUGUAUGCCGGACAGGAGGUGCGCAGCCACGUUUGGCUUCGUCCGAAUGGCAGCUACUGGGAGGUGGCAGACUUCACUGCGUUCUUCAAUGGCGUUGAGAGCUGCCCGACCAGCGGUCCAGCGCAGGACGGGCGUUCUUCCUGGCGUCGGAGCCAGGCGGUUGUCAGUGGUGUGCGAAUCAUUCACGAGCUGGAUGCACAGUGGUCCUCUGUGCAUUCGCGGGGGCUGCCAACGGAGGAAGGCCCUUGCUCCGUGUGCGUGCAGUUCACUUCGGAGGGAAAGGAGGUGCGGCAGAUGGUUCCGGUGGACUUCCUGCCAGGCGCCUUCUUUUGCUCCGUCAGCGUUGGCCGCAGACAAGCAUGGAGCAACCUCUCCAUGAUCGCGUCAGCCGCUGCAAUGGCGUUGAUUGUGUUUGACCUCAGUUUCCAUGUGCAGUACAUCAUUCAAGGCACGCUGCUCAAGGACUGUGAGGACAUCAUCAGCGGCCGUUGCUUGGAGCUGGAGCCCCGGGACCGCAUCACAGUGCGCUCCGCCAUGGGCGCGUACCUGGCGAUUCUCGGUGCAAUAUGUGUGGCAGCGAUCAUUUGCAUUUUAGUUAGUCUGAAAUGACACCAUCUCGCA